AUGAUGCAACCGACCACAACCAUGGCCCCACCACCUCAAUACCUACAACCACAAGCCCCUCAACAGUGGAUGACGCAGCAACCGCAGUACCAAGUUCAACAACCGCAACAGCCACCGGCAGGGGCUGGUUAUUACUACCAGCAACCACCCUCACAGGCUCUGGCUUCCACCGCCCCAUCCCAACAGCCGCAGCCUCAGCAGUAUGCUGCUGGCAACGCCGCUCAACCUACUGCAGAUGACGGGAUCCGUAGCCUCUGGAUCGGAGAUCUGCAGCCCUGGAUGGAUGAGCAGUACAUCCUCAACAUUUUUGCCUCCACAGGCGAGGUGGUCUCUGUUAAGGUCAUCCGAAACAAGCAAACUGGUCAGUCAGAAGGAUAUGGCUUUAUUGAAUUUGUUAGUCAUGCUGCUGCGGAAAGGAAUCUGCAGACCUUUAAUGGCAACUUAAUGCCAAGUGUUGAACAACCUUUCAGGCUGAACUGGGCAUCUUUGGGUGCUGGUGAAAAGCGUGAUGAUACUCCUGACUACACUAUAUUUGUUGGUGAUUUGGCUGCUGAUGUUACUGAUUACAUGCUUCAAGAAACAUUUACGGCCAAUUACUCUUCUGUAAAGGGCGCAAAGGUUGUAACUGACAGGCUAACGGGACGCACAAAAGGCUAUGGAUUUGUUAGGUUCGCCGACGAAAGUGAACAAUUGCGUGCAAUGACUGAGAUGAAUGGAAGGUUUUGUUCAACCAGAGCCAUGCGAAUUGGCCCAGCUGCUACCAAACAAACAGCUGGUGGCCAUACCAAAGGUAUGUAUUAUCCUUCCGGUAAUUUGGCUAAGCUGUUGGAUUGCUAG